AUGAAGUUUCUUAAAUUCGUUUGUGUUUCAGAGCUGAUCAUUCUUCUCUUAGAGGUGGCCAGGUUCCAGGACUGGAAUUCAGAGAGAAGCACUGAAGGACAUUUCUCUGAUAAUAACAGGAUAAAUUUGGGGAAAAUUAGAUUCGCAAUAAUUUCAUUAUCAGAGAAGUUUCAAAGAGGGGCUGAAUCUGGUUCCGACAGGUUUAAAGGGAUUAGAAAAUCAUUUAAAUCUUAUUCAUUUAACUGCAACAUUGGUUCUAGUAAGGAAGUUCUUGAUCUACAGGGGCCUUUCCUUCAAAGUUUCGUACUGCUUCAUUACACCUUCUCGUUUAUUUGGAAGAGGGGUUUUAGUUUAAGAUUCAUUGGCAAUAGCAGAGAGGUAUCUGCAAUCAUACUUUAUAAUCGAUGUUCUAGCAGUUCUUCCCCUCCCACUGGUGGUGAUUUUAAUUGUUAUACCUCAAAUGAGAGCCUUGGAGUCGUUGAAUAUGAAGAACUUGUUGACAUUUAUUGUUUUCUUCCAUAUCUUCCAAGAGUUUUUCGAAUAUAUCCACUGUAUAAGGAAAUUACAAGGACUUCUGGCAUACUAAAUGAAACUGCAUGGGCUGGAGCUGUAUUCAAUCUGUUUCUUUACGUGCUAGUAAGCCACGUUUUUGGGGCUUUUUGGUACUUGUUUUCCAUUGAAAUGGAAUACACAUACUGGAAAAACGCCUGUUGGAAUAAUACUGAAUGCUCUCCCCAAUCAUUUUACUGUGAUGGUGAUUUUUCUUUUAGUAUGUUGCUGUAUCAAUCUUGUCCUAUACAAACACCCAACACAACUCAUUCCAAUUUUGGGAUAUUCCUUGAUGCCCUUCAAUCUGGUGUUGUAGAGUCAGAAGAUUUUCAAGAGAAAUUUUUUUACUGUUUUUGGUGGGGUCUGCAAAAUCUAAGUUCUCUGGGUCAGAAUCUUGAAACUAGUACCUAUGUCUUGGAGACCUGCUUUGCAGUUUUCAUUUCAAUCUCGGGCUUGGUUCUGUUUUCAUUUCUCAUUGGAAAUAUGCUGACAUAUUUGCAGUCCACAACUACCAGGUUGGAGGAGAUGAGAUUGAAACGACGUGAUGCCGAACAAUGGAUGUCCCAUCGCUUACUACCUGAGAGUCUAAGGGAGCGGAUUAGACAAUACGAGCAAUACAAGUGGCAAGAAACUAGAGGAGUUAAUGAAGAGAAUUUACUUUGUAAUAUUCUCAAGGACCUAAGAAGGGAUAUAACGCGCCAUCUUUGCUUGGCUCUGCUCAUGAGAGCAAGUGCCUUGACAUUUUGGUCAUUGUUUGACUUGUGUUCUCACUACCAAUCACUAAUUUUGGUUUUUUCACUGAUAUCCUUAAAUGGUUCCUUUACUGAGCCAGUGUUUGAGAAAAUGGAUGAGCAAUUAUUGGAUGCAAUGUGUGAUCGUCUCAAGCCGGUUCUCUUUACUGAGGAGAGCUACAUUGUCCGGGAGGGAGAACCAGUUGAUGAGAUGCUCUUCAUCAUGAGGGGCAAACUAUUGACCAUGAUAACAAACGGUGGAAAAACCGGCUUCUUCAAUUCGGAAUAUCUGGGGGCAGGUGAUUUCUGUGGAGAGGAAUUUCUCACAUGGGCACUGGAUCCUUAUUCUUCGUUGAACCUCCCUAUCUCGACUAGAACUUCUGAGCACUUACAGAAGUUGAAGCUUUCGCUCUGA